CCAAAUGUAAACAAUACCCCGAAAUAGAUGUCAUCGAUUGAUUUCUGUAACCAUACAGCUAAAAAUUUAUUAUCUUUGACUAAAUAUUUGUUUACAUUGGUUUGUCUUAACAUAAAACAAAGACCAAAGUUCAGUAGUGAAGUUGCAUAAAAUGACGUACGACACAGUGGGAAAAUGUACAGCACCGACUGGCACUAAUGAUUGGAAUAUUUUAUAUUGGAUUUUGGGUACUAUAUGUAUGCCUGUGGCCAUACCUUUGGUGUUUUUCAAUCUCUGGAGGAGGUCUUUGAUAGCAAAGGAACGUAAACGUUUACCCGGUAAAGUGGUAUUAAUAACUGGCGCCAGUUCAGGCUUGGGAGAAGCUUUGGCUCAUGCCUUCUACAAGGCAGGCUGUAAAGUCAUAUUAGCGGCACGUCGUGUGGAGGAAUUGGAGAGAGUUAAAAAGGAUUUAUUGUCAUUAGAAGUGGUGGGUCCUGCUUAUCCUCCAACGGUUUUACCCUUAGAUUUAGCCGAAUUAAAUGCUAUACCUGCCUUGGCUAUAAAAGCAGUUAAUAUUUAUAAUGGCAUUGAUAUACUCAUUAAUAAUGGUGGCAUAAGUGUUAGAGCAGAUGCCUUAACGACUGCCUUAGAUGUGGAUUUAAAAGUAAUGACGGUCAAUUACUUUGGCUCUGUGGCCUUAACAAAAGCUAUAUUGCCUUCUAUGGUUAAAAGACAUAAGGGUCAUAUUUGUUUUGUUAGUUCGGUACAAGGCAAAUUUGCCUUACCCUAUAGAUCGGCCUAUUCAGCCUCUAAACACGCUAUUCAAGCCUUUUCUGAUUCCCUAAGAGCCGAAGUGGCCGGUAAGGGUUUAAGGGUUACAUGCGUGAGUCCUGGUUACAUUAAGACACAACUGUCGGUAAAUGCCUUAACCUCUUCCGGCCAACAGCAUGGCAAAAUGGAUGCCACUACUGCCCAAGGCAUGUCAGCGGAUGCCUGUGCAAAACGAAUUUUGGAGGCUUUGUUGAACGAAGAAAACGAUGUCUUGAUAUGUGAUUUACAGGCUAGAGUUGGGUUUUGGUUACGUUUUGUAUGUCCUCCUCUGUACUACUGGCUGAUGGAAAAGAGAGCUCUUAAGUUACAAAAUGAAAACUAGUGGUAAUUGAUAUGAACAAGGUGUAACAACUAAUCUUAUAUGCAAACUUUAUUACAAUAGUCAUUUUGUUUUCUUUAAGAAAAUUUCAGUCCUUAGAAAUAAUUAAAAACAAAAAAAAAAAAAAUAGCGAAAAGGAAAGAAAAAAAAUCUAUGGAAAACUUUAAAACUAAAUUCAAAUUAAACAAAAAUUUCCUUUCAAUAAUUAAAUAUAAACUAAUAAAAUGAAAAAAAAUAACAAAAAA